ACCUAACAUACAUUAUAAUAAUGGCUACUGCGGGAGACGCCGCAACGCCGCCGCACAGGGCGCAGCCCUAUUGCCUGAACCGUACGUUCUCGCGACAUGUUACCGUGGACACGAGAAUUUUAUAAUUUCUAAUCAGCGAUUGGAAGCUGCAAACUGAUAAUUAAAGUACAUUCGAAUAAUAAAUUUAGAUGGCGGAUAAAGGGCUAAUGAAACAAAUUGCUGAGCAAAAGCUCAAAGCAUUCUCUAUUGGCACAAUGGGUAAAAGAUCAAUGAGCAAAAAAGAAAUUGAGGAACAACGAAAGAAAGAGCAGGAACAAGCUGCAGCUCAGGCCUUCGAAGAGUUCGUCGCAACUUUUCAAGAAUCUUCUAAUAAAAAUGCGAAUAAAGUCUGGGUUAAGGCUGGUACUUAUGAUGCAGGCAAAAGACAGGAAGAUACAAGCGAAAAAGGUAAACUUUAUAAACCUCAGCCAAAAAUGUCUGAUCUUAUCGAGAAUCGAUCUUCGCAAGAGCAGGCUCAAGAAUUUGCUAGAAUUCUUAGCUCAAACGAGCGUAAAAUGGAUAGACUUGGUAAAAAGAAGAAAGAAGGCGAAAAGAAAAAAAGUAAUCUGGAAUUAUUUAAGGAAGAAUUAAAGAUGAUUCAAGAAGAAAGAGAAGAGCGGCAUAAAUAUAAAGGAGCGGUUAAAUCUAUUUCAACAUCGCAGAGUGAAGAUCCGAUGAUAGCUGCUCUGAAAUCAGUCGAAGAUGGGUCGUUUGAUAAUGGAGAUCCAAAUACCACAAAUUUGUAUUUAGGGAAUUUGAAUCCUAAAAUAACCGAACAACAACUGAUGGAAAUAUUUGGAAAAUUUGGUCCAUUAGCUAGCAUUAAAAUAAUGUGGCCCAGAAGCGAUGAAGAGAAAGCCCGACAAAGAAACUGUGGAUUUGUUGCAUUCAUGAGUCGGAAAGAUGGUGAAAGAGCCUUGAAAAGUCUCAAUGGUCGAGAUAUUAUGCAGUAUGAAAUGAAACUCGGAUGGGGUAAAAGCGUUCCUAUACCACCCUAUCCAAUAUACAUUCCACCUGCGCUAAUGGAAAUCACACAACCGCCACCACCGUCUGGAUUGCCCUUUAAUGCACAGCCUCAUCGGCGUGACAGACAUAAGAUACCACGUAUCCGCAACCUCCAGAACGCGGACAUCCAGGAGAAGGAAAACUUUGAAAAGAUUUUGCAGAAUGCCGUUGUCAAAGUGGUUAUUCCAACAGAAAGGAACUUGGUCAUGUUAAUACAUAGAAUGGUAGAAUUUGUUGUUCGAGAAGGACCGAUGUUUGAAGCAAUGAUUAUGAAUAGAGAACUAAAUAAUCCUAUGUUUAGAUUUUUAUUUGAAAAUUAUUCUCCAGCACAUACAUAUUAUCGAUGGAAAUUAUACUCUAUAUUACAAGGAGAUGCUCAAAAAGAAUGGCGAAUGGAAGAUUUAAGAAUGUUUAAAGGUGGCAGUAUUUGGAGACCACCGCCAAUAAAUCCUUGGACUCAAGGAAUGCCUGAAGAAUUAAUAGAUGUUCAAGACAAACAAGAGCCUCGUAGAGGAAGCCUUUCUAACAGUCAACGAGAUCGAUUAGAGAAUCUACUAAGAAACAUAACUCCAGAGCGAAUAAAAGUUGCAGAAGCUAUGAUAUUUUGUAUCGAGCAUGCUGAAGCAGCUGAAGAAAUUUGUGAUUGUAUAGCAGAAUCAUUAUCAAUUUUACAAACUCCUGCAAAUAAAAAAAUUGCUAGGUUAUAUUUAAUAUCUGAUAUUUUGCACAAUUGUGGUGUUAAAGUAACAAAUGCUACUAUUUAUCGGAAAGCAUUUGAAGCACGAUUAUUAGAUAUUUUUAAUGAAGUUCAGCAAGCUUAUAAACAGUUUGACAGUAGACUGAAAGCCGAGGGAUUCAAAGUACGAGUGAUGAGAAUGUUUAGAGCAUGGGAAGAUUGGGCUGUGUAUCCACGAGAUUUUCUAGUUAAACUUCAAAAUACUUUCUUAGGCUUAAAUCAGACUGACGAAGUUGAACAAGAUAACGAAGAAGAUAUAGACGGUGCACCUUUAUCAGAUGUUGACGGUGAUAUUGUAGAAGAUUUAGAUGGUGUUCCACUUGAUGGUGCUGCUUUAUUAAAGGGAGCAAUGAAACACGGUCUUACACCACAAACCACUUCCAAUUAUGAUGAUAUCGAUGGAAUUCCAAUGGAUGACGAUAUCGAUGGAGUUCCAAUGGAAGAUGAAGAUAGUAUGGGUUCAAAGGGAAAGGAUGAUAAAAAGCUUACUAUACCAGCAGGUUUUGUACCAUCAAGGUGGGAGACUGUAGAUCCUGAUCAAGUCGAAGCUCAGGCAAUGACUACGAGUAAAUGGGAGGAACUUGGGCAAAAUGAUGACUCAAAUUCACAAGAUGCCAGUAUGGACUCCAGGGAUUAUAAUGAAGAACGGCGAAAUAGAUUACGGGAAAUUGAAGUAAAAACUAUGCAAUAUCAAGAUGAAUUAGAAAAUGGCAGAAGAACAUUAAAACCAGGAAUGUCGAUACAAACUCAAGUAGAACAUUAUCGUAAAAAGCUAAUUAAAAAAAGUGAAAGAGAUGUAAAAGAUAAUAAAAGUGAAGACAGAGAUGAAGAUAGGCGAAGAGAGAAAAAACGAAGUCUUUCUCCAGAUUCACCAACUUAUUACAGAGAUAGAAGACGUAAUUCACAAAGUCCGCCCGUCAAAGGAAGCAGUCGAUAUAGAUCGCGCAGCAGAUCUCCUCGUAAUAAGCGAAAGUCGCGGUCACCGCACAAAAAACGAGCGCCGUAUACGCCCUCACCACCACGAAUUCGACGUUCACCUUCACCUGCCUUUUCAUCAAGAUCCUCAUCCCGUAGAUCACCUGGUGUUGAACGGAAGAGACGAGCCCGCUCACCUUCGAGCUCGCCUACACCUCUUUCCAGAUCCUCCGUUAAACACAGGGCGGCUAGUCCAAUGUCGCCUACACCACGAAAACAUCGCCACAAACAUAAAUACUAAAUAAAUUUUGCUUUAUUUUCUCACAAUUUACUUAAAAUUGUAUGAUAAUCCAACAUUAACAAAGAUGUAUAAUUGCAAUCAAAUUCUGCUAAGUCAUUUGAAGCACUUCGUCAAUGUUGAAUUGUUUUAUUUCUUUAUACUUUAUAAUAUUUUUUUUUAUGAAAAUCUAAUUUUAUAAGUGAAAAUGAUUGUAUAAUUACCUACCAAAAUGUAGCUCAAACCAAGUUUAUAAAAUGAUUUUUUUACCGAACUACGUUAUCUUGUUUCGCCACUAUUUUAUACGCUGCAUAAUUACUGUUGAAAUCGAAUUUUAUUCACCACGUAAAAAUGUACAUAAACCUCAAUUUGUAACCAUCGAUUCAUUCACGUUUUUAGUAAUUUAGUUUCGGGAUAAAUAUUCAUAAAUAGAAAAUUACUUUCAGA